GACUAGCAGAGCAUAGCAGAGGAGUUCAAAGAGAAGAGAGAAGAGAAGAGAAGAGAGAGAGAGAGAGAGAAGAUUCCCUUCAUUUGCAAAUUCUGUGAUUUUAGAGAGAAAGAAAGGAGGAGAAGAUGAUGUCAUUGAAGGGAUGUUGUAAUGUGCCGGAUCAGCUACGAUCCCUGUCUCAAUGCCGAUCUGUUGACGGUCCCAAAGUAUUGGCUCGUCGUGGAAUCGCCAUGGUCUCUCGCUGUUCUUCCUCUUUAACCUUUCCGCAGUUACAAACUUCUUCUGAUCUCGGCGUCUUGGAAUGGGUGAACGAUUCGGGAGGAGCAGCUUUGAACCAGCCCACAAACGGGUCGGCGAGCUUGGUGGAGCAGCUUCAGCUUGGGAGCUUAGCUGAAGAUGGACGGUCUUACAAGGAGAAAUUCAUUGUGAGGUGUUUCGAAGUUGGGAUUAAUAAGACUGCUACAAUUGAUGCCAUUGCCAAUCUCUUGCAGGAAACUGCAUGUAAUCAUGUUCAGAGUUUAGGGUACUCCACAGAUGGGAUGGGAACAACCAAUACCAUGAGAAAGUUGGGUCUAAUAUGGGUGACUUCUCGAAUGCACAUUGAAGUUUACAAAUACCCAACAUGGGGUAACAUGAUUGAGAUUGAGACAUGGUUCGAAACUGGAAGAGUUGGGACAAGACGCGAUUUUACCAUCAAAGAUGCAACUGGCACACUUAUUGGGAGAGCCACCAGCAAAUGGGUGGCAAUGAAUCAAAACACAAGACGCCUCCAGAAAGUUACUGAUGAAAUGCUAGAAGAAAUUGUUGAUUUCGCUCCAAAAACACCACGAUUAGCUUUUCCAGAGGAGGACAACAGUAGCCUAAAGAAAAUUCCCAAGCUUGAAGAGCCUGCUCAGUAUUCUAGAUUAGGGCUUAAGGCUAGAAGAGCCGAUUUGGACAUGAACCAUCAUGUGAACAAUGUCACCUACAUAGGAUGGCUUCUUGAGAGCAUGCCCCAGGAAAUUAUUCACACUCAUGAACUUCAAAAGGUCACAUUGGAUUACAGAAGAGAAUGCCAAUGUGAUGAUGUGGUUGAUUCCCUCACAAGUAUGGAACUGGUGGAGGAUGCAGAAGCAAUUCCAAAGCUUAACGGGACGAAUGGAUCUGCCAUUGAGGCGAAACACAGCGAAGACUGCCGUCGGUUCUUGCAUUUCUUAAGAUUGCCAGGUGGUGGACUGGAAAUAAAUCGGGGUCGCACAGAGUGGAGAAGGAAAUGAUCUCCAUUGGUAAAAAGUUUGUUCAAUUUUUUCACCAAAAAUAAAUAAAAUGUUUAUUCAUUGUACUCAAUUGUUCUUUGCUCAGGCUGGGAAGUGUUACCAGUCUCCCUCUGUUAUCUCGUAUAAAUCUUUCUUUUCUCUCACUGUGUAAUAUGUCAUUAAUUAGUGUUUUAGCUUAUCAGUUUUAUCAUGUGUGUAUUGAAUUCCAACUUUCUCAUUGUAUCACACACCCUGAACUCUAUAAAAUCAUUUUCUGUAUUUGUUAAA